CAAAGCAAGCCGCGAUACCGCGUGCAGCACGUGGUGUCUGAACAGUCAGAGACCGGCUGAGGAGAUCCGUGGAGUCGCAGGGUCUCUCAGUCUGAACUCGGUCGCCCUCCGGCUCUGGCUCGUCUCUCGUCCUAUCGCCGGUUCUUCCUAGUCUUCUUCGUCGCGUCGUCGCGACGGUCUCCUGAUCGGCGGGUGCACCGAGUGAAAUAAAAGAGUUACGUGCCCCAGGAGUUGCGAAUCGCGUGUGGAUCCACUUCGCGGCAAGGUUAUACCGUCAGAGUCUUCGGUUUUCACACACGCCAGGAGAAACGGAGACUAUCAUCGACUUUGAUGACCGAUUCGCUUCCGAAGACGUCCAACUUGGAGCAAGGCGACUCGACGAGGUCGAAAUCCGUCACGACGGCGCGCGUCGCUUGACCUAAGCACCUGCAGAGGUCAGGGACGAGAUCGGGGGUAGAAAAAUGUCGUGUGCAAAUCGUUUCCCCUCGUCCCAGCACACGAGGUACCGGAGCAGCUGGGGUCCGACCUCGACCACCGUCUUCAACCGGGCCGAUGUGCCGAGACCGUCGGCCGAAGAGGAGGAAUUUGCCGACAUUUACCACGAGCGCCUUCACUACGUUCAGGGUCGACAGCUGAUCCCGCUGCAGGAGGAUCUCGCCGAUUGGAUAAACAAGACGAUCAGGGCUGCACCGUGGUUGACUCACCGGAAGUGGCGCUCCUCCCCCGGCAGGAGUUCCGAGUCCUGCAGCGACUUGCCGCUUGUAUCAAGUUUUGAUGUCGACCACAUAACGGGUGAGAAUUUUUUCGACGCACUUGACAACGGCGUGAUGGUGUGUCGCUUGGCAAGAGUGAUUCAGGAAAAAGCGCGAUCCGCAGUUGAUUCCGGUCGAGUCAAGGGGCCAGUUCCAGUGAUAAGAGGCCGUUGCUGGGAGAACGCGGCCAGGCGGAGUUUCUUUUCGCGAGACAAUAUGGAGAAUUUCAUCCAAUUCUGCCGGCGUCUAGGGGUGCACGAGAACCUCCUCUUCGAGAGCGACGACCUCGUUCUCCACGGACAGCCGCGCAACGUUGUUCUCUGCCUCCUGGAGGUCGCGAGGUUGGCCUCCAGGUACGCCCUGGAACCGCCCGGGAUCGUUCAGCUCGAGCGGGAAAUCGCCGCCGAACAAGAAAGGGACCUCCACUGCCUUUCCGACAGCGGAAUAUCCCACAGCAGUCUCGUCUCUUGGCAGUACCAGUCGCCAUCCCCCGCCCCCUCACCCAGACCCCCGGUCGAAACCAUCAAGCACAGCAGGGCUGCGCAUUACACCCUUCCUGCAUCCAUCCGCCUCAAUCGCCCAUCCGUAAUGGAGGGUUGGCGCGUUUCAUUAACGAUAUUAAAGGGGCAGCUAUACCGCAGUCACGCCGCGGGGUGGUUUUCAUCCCUUAACGCAGCCCCUGCUUUUCGUCGUCGGAAAACCUGCCGCAGGAGAUUUAUCGCCGAGGCAAGCUCGACGUCCGAGGUGACGGCAACUGCUGCGAGAUGGCUCGACCCAAAUCCCGUCCCACCCGCGUCGGACAUGCGGAGGUCCGUCAGCGAUAACGGACCCACCGGAAGUGACGGCGUUCCGAGCGACACCACCGAGGACGACUGGUCUCGGGGGAGCGCCGAAGACCCUGACGAGGUUCCGUCACCUUCGAUUUCACCAUCCCCAACACCCGCCGAACCGCCCGAACAUUCCGGUCCGAUCACGGAGCUGGAUCGCAAGGUGCGGCGGGCAGCCGAAGCCGUCCAAAGACUCUGCCAGUGUCCGUCCAACAAAUGUUCCAAGCUGAAGGUGCGCAAGGUCGGAGAGGGACGUUAUCACAUCGCCGGUCGGAACGUCUUCAUCAGGCUCCUGAAGGGGAGGCACAUGAUGGUGCGCGUCGGGGGCGGCUGGGACACCCUCGAGCAUUUUCUUACGAGGCACGACCCUUGCCAGGUGAGGGUACUUAGCCGCGAAAGCACGCCGCCGCCUCACAGCAACGGUAUCACCUCCGCUCCAUACCUGCACAUAAGGGCAAAGUACCGCAGCCCUCCACCAGAAUCACUAGCCGGUCGUUAGCCUAAGCCCGCAAGCUGCACCAGUGCCUAGAUAUAUAGAUUAACUGUAACUAUAAUACAUACAUAUUAUAGUAUAUUUUAACACCUCACAUCUCUAUUCUCAUACGCAAGUUAACGCAUUUCACUAUAAUCCCCCGAACGUAUAUUUCAUAUAUUUUCCGCCAAGGCGAACCGUCCGAACUGAUCGAUCGAUUUCGAUUUUCCAAAAAUUGGAGCAGAAAAAUUGAUCGUUUCGUUUUCGGCGCCUCGACCGUUUAUCCCAUACGUAUAAUCUACCUGUAAUGUCUACGUAGAAUUAAGCGCAUUCACGUCGCACGGCCAUUCUUUGUAUAACACGGAGGAAGAGGGGCGGAUCCUCCUCAUUCGUGCAAGCUUUAGUGUUUAAGGUACGAGUCGCUUAAUCGGUUGGGGAUAAUUGAGAUGCGGUGAAUUUAUCACACAUUUUUGGGCAUGGUGUUUUGUACAGGGGUGGUUGGAAAUUUUGAUGAAAAAAAAAAAAAAAAUGACGGAGUUAAAGAAACAUGACCAGCGAUCGUUCACGCCUAAGGAGAAUUUGAUACGUUUGAAAAUCCAGGUCCGGAAAAUCGUCUCUCUGUUAACUCGACUCUCAAAAUCUCGACCCGUUCACAGGAUGUGAAGAGGAAUAACAAAACAAUUAUUUUUUUUUUUUGUUUUUUACGGUGUUUAAUUAUCGGAAGUCUCCUGACUCUGUCUCGUUAAGCUCCGUUUAUAAAUGCGAGAACUUCCGCGAGGCGAGAGUCAGGAAAGGUGUAAAUGCUGACGGAUAAAUCACCGUGUAUGUAUAACCGUUUCUCAAUCAACGAGAGAAGAAACGGUGUUUUACAGAAAGAAUACUGUCUCACUUACGCGAUCCUUUGAUUUAUACAAUUUUUCUUUUCGGUUGAUUAUUUUUAAUUCGGGGUAACGAUAACGAAAAUUUGAAGAAUUUAAGAAAGAGAGAGAGAGAGAGAGAGAGAGAGAGAGAGAGAGAGAGAAAGAGAUUCUUACGCGAAGUUAUAAUACCGUAUAAAACGGAUUUGGUCAUCGUUCUUCAUCCCGCGUUUAUUUUCAUGCUAUAAUAUUAAUGUAACUUAAAUUAAUGCACUUUUAUGUACAUUAUCUGCAGCUCAUGUGUCACUUGCACUGCGCAGCAAUUACCGCAAUGAUAUUGAUAUUCGUUUGAAACUUAUAUAAUAUGUAUCAUAUACAUAUAAUAUUAUAUGCUUAAAUUUACUAACAUUUACCGCAGGGUAAGGGCGAAUUGAUUAUGCCUACAGCACUUAUGCACGAAAUCACACAAAUGUAUAUUUGUCGGAGUCGCUUGGGGGGGUGGAAGAAAGAUUUCCAGCAAAUCGAGUUGGAAUAUAAAAUGCCAGAAGUUGUGACUGGAUUACAAGAAAACUUUAUAAAUUCGGUUUGCAAAGACAGUUGUUAAAGUACAAAAUCAAAUUUUUUUACGGUCACGUAUUGCGAUUCGAUUUAGAAAACUUCGACAUUUAUAUCAUUAUGUAUCUUCCACGCAUAUUAAGAGGUAUUUAUUUAUGUACUCAAAUAUACGUAUAUUUACUUACACAUAUACUUCAUACGCACGAGGCAAUUAGAUUAUCGCGUUUACGUUUCAAAUUGGUACGUAAAAUUUUUUCACUUUAUUCAUGCAAUCUGCAUUUAGGAGGAUUGAAAGAUUUUUCGACAUAGUAUGUAGGACGUCUUCGUCAGAAAAAUUUAAGUGGAAUCUGUUUCAUGCAGACUAAUGUUGCACCGAAUCAGAAUCGUACUUAAUCUUUUACUCUUUUUUUUUCUGUAGAAAGUGAAAAAAUUUUUAAUAUUUUUCACACAUUUAAAAUAGUCCAGUUUUCACACAAUAUGAAUGAAAAUUGCGUAAUUAGCGAGUUGCAAUAGACUAGAGAAUGCUCAGAAGGAAACCUCGUCUGUAAUACGUUUUGUAUUUUUAUACGAAAGACAAUUAGAAGGAAGAAAAAAAAAAGAAGAAGAAAUUAGUUGAAAUAGAAUGACGAGUUCUUCGCUAAAUGCACGGUAUAAUGAAAUAUAUGCACAGAAACGCUAUUCAAUUUUCGCACGCUGUAACGGAGAGGCGCAGAUAUGGUUACUCUGUUAAAUUUGCAGAAAUACAAGAGCAAUGCACUGUGCAGCAAAGGGAUAUCAAAGCAAAGAAAUCCUGCGAGACAAGUUAUGUCGGCGCGUUGAAGCUCGAGUCGAAGGAUUGCAGUGCGGUAAUGAUCUGUAGUUAAUUAACUGCAUCGCAAAACCUGAUGCGAUAUAGAGAUUAACAGUAAUAACUGUAUAUUUAUUAGCUAGCAGCUGCUCCGGAUCUUCACGUGUAUUAUUAAUUAUUGAUUAUCUCCUAACGAUAAUGAAAAACUACGUUUGCAAUUUACGAAAAAUCAAUAAACUCGUAGAGAACACUGAUUUUCUCCAUUGCAAGCGUACGUGCAAUUUACCUAGAACUAUAAUAGAUCUUAUUGCCAUAAUAUGAAUUCUAAGAUUAUUAUUAUUAUUAUUAUUAUUAUUAUUAUUAUCAUCAUAUAUACGCAUUAAUUUAUGAAGUUGACACAAUUGUACGCAUAACGCUUUGUACAAUGUUUACUCGUUCCUAAGUUCUUCCGCGCGUAGAAAUAUGAAAAAUUAAUAAAAAUUCGUUCGUUUGUAGAUGUGUAUAAUUCACGGUUAUCGAUGGCGUAGUUGGAAUUCUUUUUCUUGCUGUACCGAGAAAUCUGAUUAUAAAUUAUAAUGUUAUACCUAUGCAAGCGUUUAAAUUAGUCACUUAAAUAGAUAAAGAAAACACACGAUUGCCAGUAUUCCGUAGAAUGGAUGAAACCGUUGAUUCCUUUUUUGUUGGUAAAAGUAGAGUUGCGCGCUAAAACACGUUGCGAAUAAUCGAAAUAGAAUGUUAGUUUUUGUUUUUGCAAUUUUUAAAUUGCACCUCAUUAAAUUCGUUAAUCACCGCAAGAUGCUUAUUUAUACAAUUACAAUUGUGCAUAGCUCGAUAAAAUGUUAUAAUAAGUUAAUUAACCGACCGUUUUACGUUAUACUUAUGUUGUAUAAUACUUGUUUGUAUAUUAUUAAAAAAAAAAAAAAAAAAAUGACGCUACACAAAUGUAUGUUCAUAUAACUGUUAAUUUUUUUCUUCUGUUGAGUAAUAAAAUAUAUUUAAUUAAGUGAUUGAUUUGAUAAUAAUAAAACUGACUAGUUGUGAUGAUUUAAA